UGUGAUAAGCUACGCCUGUGAGUCUGAAAUCGGAACGGCCAGCCCACUGCAUACUUAUUGUGGUCGGCAGGCUAAGUUGUUUCACUUCUCCCCCACGACUGCAAACCGAUGGCGCUAAAGACAGCUGUGCUGUUCAAUUUAUGGGGUGGUGUCCUGACCACUCGCCCGUCCCAGUCUUUUCUGAAAUACGAGAAAUCUCUCGGUCUUCCCAGUGAUGUCAUAUCAAAGACCUUGGCUGCAGGAGGGACUGAGAAUGCCUUAGUUCGAGCUGAGAGGGGAAAGAUUACUUUACAACAGAUGCAUACUGAGCUGGAGGAGGAUAUUAAGAAGGAGGCCAGCGUUCCGGGGCUGACCUCGCCAGCUGAGUUCGCCCUAGCGGAGCUCUUUCGAGAGGUUAGAGGGGCAGACUUUCACAAGCCCAUAUUGGAGGCUGCUGCAGCCCUUCGCCGUCACGGUGUUACCACAGGUGUGCUGGCUAACCUGUGGGUCGACGAUACCCCUCAGCGUGAGCGCACAGCUCAGAUCCUGUCUGUUCUGGAGGGCCACUUUGACCUGGUGCUGCGGUCCUGCUUCACAGGGGCCCGUGUACCUGAGCCCGCCAUGUUCAACAUGGCCCUGGAGAAGCUUGGCCUCACCCCUCAGCAGGCGGUGUGGCUGGAUGCAGAGGAGGAGGGCGUGAAGGCUGCAGAGAGCCUGGGGAUGGCUGGCGUCCUUGUGCAAGACAUGAGCACCGCUCUCAACCAGCUGCAGAUGCACACCGGAGUGGAGGUUCAGAGCUCAAAAGAUGGACUCCCCAGUUCUUGUAGACCUGAGGACGCCACUCAUGGAUUUGUCACCAUCAAGCCUGGGGUUCAGAUCCACUUUGUUGAGAUGGGGGAUGGCCCCCCUAUCCUGCUCUGCCAUGGCUUCCCUGAGAGCUGGUUCUCGUGGAGAUACCAGAUCCCUGCCUUGGCAGAUGCUGGAUUUCGAGUACUGGUUCCAGAUCUGAAAGGAUUUGGGGACUCUACUGCACCAGAAGACAUUGAAGAGUAUUCCCAAGAAAAUCUCUGCCAGGAUGUGCUGACAUUCAUGGAUAAAUUGGGAAUUCCCCAAGUGACACUGAUUGGCCAUGACUGGGGUGGUGCCCUCGUCUGGAGCCUGGCACAGUGCCACCCUGAAAGAGUGAGGGCGGUAGCCUCCCUCAACACCCCUCUCUUCCCAGUGGACCCCAACAGUGACCCCAUGGAGAGGCUCAAAGCUGCGCCCAUUUUCGACUACCAAAUCUACUUCCAGAAGCCCGGUGUGGCAGAGGCUGAAUUCGAAAAGGACCUGGAGCGAACGUUCAAAAUAUUCUUUUCUGCUAGUUAUGAAAAGGAUAAACACCCUCCCCUUAGUACGGCCAAGGUCUGUGAAAGAGGUGGGCUGUUUGUGGGACUCCCAGAGGAGAUUCCGAGGAGCUCCAUGCUCACUGAAGCUGCGCUGAAGUACUACGUCCAGCAGUUCCGCAAGAGUGGCUUCAGGGGACCUCUAAACUGGUACCGGAAUGUGGAGCGCAACUGGCGCUGGAUGUGCUCACGGCCCAGAGCUAAGAUCCUGUUGCCGGCGCUGAUGGUGACUGCUGGAAAAGACCCUGUGCUUCUUCCUGUCUUCUCCCAUGGGAUGGAGAACAUGAUUCCCAACCUGACCCGUGGUCACAUUGAGGAGUGUGGACACUGGACCCAGAUGGAGAGGCCAGCUGAGCUGAACAAAAUACUCCUCGGCUGGCUGAAGGAAACACACCAGAAGGCCUCCAUUCUUGUCGCCCCCAAGUUAUAAUUUCCUAUGAGAUACCCAUGGAAUUAUGCGGAAAAAUGGGUUAUGUUUUGUUUGCUUUGCAUUAACCAGCUAUGUGUUAACCCGCUUUUCUCUGUAGCCGGUAGACCCCCAAUACUCAUCCAACGUAAUCACUGCACUUCCCUUGUGUGGGUGGAGUAUCAUUUUAUUUGGAAUGUUUUGUUGUGUGUGACUGGGAAUAUGUAGAUCUGCUGAUUACGUAGAAAUAAUUGAUAUUCCAAAGAAUGAUAUCCUGUCCCCAAGGUUAAACCAUAUCAUGAGCCACGGAGUGUUUGGGUGGUUUUCUCCUGUGCCUUUAUUCUACUUUUGAUUAGUGGUAUGUGGUCAUGCAUUUGUAUAUUACAUAUAUCAUGUAUCUCAUAUCUUAUAUCCAAGUGCUGGCAUCCAUGUGACUGAACAUUUUAAGCCACCUCACACGAUCUUAAUAUGCCUGGAUUCUGUGAUUCAACAUUACUGCAAUGCAUAGUCAUUCUCUAUGUCUUUGCACCUCGGUAAGCUGUAAACAUGUUCCCUCUUCACCAUUGUGUAUAGGGCCUUUGUUUGAAAUGUAAUUGUAGGCACUGGGCAUAUAUUUAAAAAGAAAAUGUACCUGAACAUGUCUUGUCUUGAAUACUCCUGUUGGCUCAAUACACCAACUGUUCCGAAAGACCUGGGUUGGGCCUACCUGUGGGUUAUUAAUGGCUACUUUGAGAGAACAUGUAUGAUAUGUGCUAUGCAAUGUUAAGACAAAUGGCACUAUCUUUGCUUACAGCAUUCAAUCACCUGGAUCUCCUUCCGUAAUAAAGCGUUUGUCGCUAUAUUAACAAAGAAA